AUGGAGUCACCCUCAGACCCUGCCCACAGAGGACUUGUCCCCUGGAAGGGGCUCCUGCUGGCUGCCUCACUCCUAACCCUCUGGAGCGUGCCCACCACUGCCCAGCUCACUAUUGAAUCAGUGCCGCCCAAUGCUGCCGAAGGGAAGGAUGUGCUUCUCUGUGUCCACAACCUGCCUGGAAAUCUAUUGGGCUACACUUGGUACAAAGGGGAAAUAAGGGAAAGCAGUAAAAUUAUAUCAUAUAUAAUAUACACUCAAACAACUAUCUCCUGGCCUGCAUACAGUGGUAGAGAGACAAUAUAUCACAAUGGAUCCCACCUGCUCCAAAACAUCACUCUGAAGGACACAGGAAAGUAUAUCCUACAAGCCAUAGACAAAGAUUUUGAUAUCAAACAAGUAACUGGACAGCUCCGUGUAUACUCGGUGUUACCCAAACCCAGCAUCACAAGCAACAACUCCAACCCGGAGGAGCACAAGGACCCUGUUGUGCUAACAUGUGAACCUCAGACUGAGAACACCACCUACCUGUGGUUUAUCAACAGUCAGAGACUCCUGGUCAGUGCCAGGCUGCAGCUAUCCAAGGACAACAGGACCCUCACUUUACUCCUUGUCACAUGGAAUGACACAGGACCCUAUGAGUGUGAAACCCAGAACCUCGUGAGUGCCGGCCGCAGUGACCCAUUCACUCUGAAUGUUCUCUAUGGCCCGGACGCCCCCACCAUUUCUCCCUCCGACUCCCAUUACAUUCGUGGGACAAAUCUAAGCCUCUCCUGCCAGGCAGCCUCCAACCCGCCUGCACAGUAUUCUUGGCUUAUCAAUGGGAGGCCCCUGACCACCACACAGGAGCUCUUUAUCCCCAACAUCACUCUGCAUAAUAGUGGAUCUUAUAUCUGCCUCGCCCAUAACUCUGACACUGGGCUCACAGGGGCCAUGGUCAAGAAUAUCACAGUCUACGCGGUAUUACACAAACCCAGGAUCACAAGCAACAACUCCAACCCGGAGGAGCACAAGGACCCUGUCAUGUUAACAUGUGAACCUCAGACUGAGAACACCACCUACCUGUGGUUGAUCAACAGUCAGAGACUCCUGGUCAGUGUCAGGCUACAGAUGUCCAAGGACAACAGGAAUCUCACUUUACUCCUUAUCACACGGAAUGACACGGGACCCUAUGAGUGUGAAACCCAGAACCCCGUGAGUGCCAGCCGCAGUGACCCAUUCACCUUGAACGUUCUUUAUGGCCCGGACACCCCCACCAUUUCCCCCUCCGACUCCCAUUACCUUCGUGGGACAAACCUCGGCCUUUCCUGCCAGGCAGCCUCUAACCCACCUGCACGGUAUUCUUGGCUUAUCAAUGGGAGGCCCCAGCAACCCACACAAGAGCUCUUUAUCCCCAACAUCACUGCACAUGACAGUGGAUCCUAUAUCUGCCUCGCCCAUAACUCUAUCACUGGCCUCACAGGAACCACCAUCAAGACUAUCACAGUCUAUGCAGAACAAACCUACACUGGCUACUCUGUGGGGAACAUUGUUGGCAUCGUGAUCGGGAUCCUCGUCAUGGUGGCUCUGGGGGCCACCCUGGGCAAUUUCCUGUGUCUCAGGAGGACUAGGAGGGCCAGUGACCCACGUGAUCCCCAAGUGGCCCCACCUCCAGCGGCCACCCCUGGCCAGGGUCCCUCUGAAAGCUCUGCCUUCUCGUUCUGCAGAGAAACCCUCCCUCCUCGUUCUCUGAUGCCCUCUCUCCCCCCUGCACAGGGCCCCCUACCUAACCCCAAGACUGCAGGCCCCAUCUACCAGGAAUUAGUCAACCCAAACACAGAGGUGUACUGCCAGAUCAGCCCCAGAGCAGACGUGGCUUCUUAG